GAUUAAAAUUAGUUAAUGAAGUCGGUUACAAUUACUCAAGCCCAGUUGAAGGCCCCUCAGCCCGUUGCUCAUAUCAAAGAGGUGUUGAACACUCGAGGAAUCCGCUCGUACCAUCAAUUCAUCAGUGGAAUUGGUGAGCGAAAAGAGAUGAAUCUGAACAUGAAUUCAAUGGAAUCGCUUUUGGCUCAAAUCCAAGCACUAUCGAGCACUGCGUCAGACCAAGCACAGCUUCACAGCUUUCUCAAACAAUCGGAAGAGCUACUCCAUUCCGACUUCUCUCUAUUGUUCUCUUCUCUCCCUCAACUCGAUCCUUCCCAACACUCCCUCGGCUUUCUCUAUAUCUUGGAGGCAUGCACGAUAUUCCCAGUUGCAAAGGAGCAAAUAAACGAACUGCUUGUUCCUAUCGCUAAAUUUAUCAAUUUAUGUGACGUAGAACAAAUCCGUAUGGCGCCCGAUAAAUUCAUUACUCUUUGUAAAAGGUUUAAGGAGCUAGUUAUCUCGCUGGAAGCUCCAAUACGUGGUGUGGCUUCAAUGCUGACUGCUAUUCGGAAACUGCAAUCCUCCUCUGAGCAAUUAACAACAUUGCAUGCCGAUUUUCUUCUUCUAUGUAUAUUGGCAAAGUGCUAUAAAACUGGCAUCUCUGUGCUGGAGGAUGACAUUUAUGAAACUGAUCAGCCACGAGACUAUUUUCUCUAUUGUUACUACGGGGGAAUGGUUUGCAUUGGACAAAAGCAGUUCCUCAAAGCAUUGGAACUCUUACACAACGUUGUGACAGCGCCUAUGUCUACUCUAAAUGCAAUUGCAAUUGAAGCUUACAAAAAGUACAUUUUGGUUUCACUGAUUCAUCUUGGGCAGUUCUCUACCAGUUUUCCAAAAUACACUUCUUCCGUGGCUCAAAGGAACUUAAAGAACUACUGCCAGCCCUACCUGGAGUUGUCAAACAGUUAUGGCACUGGAAAAAUCUCUGAGCUUGAGACAUUUGUUCAAACAAACCAGGAAAAGUUUGAAACUGAUAAUAAUCUUGGAUUAGUAAUGCAAGUAGUGUCUUCUAUGUAUAAACGCAAUAUUCAGCGGUUAACUCAAACAUACCUAACUCUUUCCCUCCAAGAUAUUGCUAACACUGUCCAGCUAAGAGGUCCUAAAGAGGCAGAAAUGCAUGUGCUUCAGAUGAUUGAAGAUGGUCAGAUAUAUGCAACAAUCAAUCAGAAGGAUGGUAUGGUUAGAUUUCUGGAGGAUCCUGAGCAAUAUAAAACAUGUGGAAUGAUUGAACACAUCGAUUCAUCAAUUAAGAGAUUGAUGGUGCUGUCGAAAAAGUUGACUUCUAUGGAUGAACUUAUGUCAUGUGAUCCUAUGUACCUAGGGAAGGUUGGUAAGGAGAGACAGAGAUUUGAUUUUGAUGAUUUUGAUGGUGUUCCUCAGAAAUUCACUAUCUGAGAUGAGCCAAGUCUAGUUCUCUGAGUAAAUAUAUCAAAUGAUGCUGAUAUGUUCAUUUGAAAUAUAAGCAAACUUUGUUUCUUUGUCCUCGAGAAAUGGAUAAGAUAAGGAAAUAGGUGUAGUUAACUCCUGGUUCAGUCAGUGGUGUAUCAUGUCUGUUCCCUUUGCCCUUCUGCCUUUUGUCUUUUGGCCAGGUUCAACUGCUUGCUCUAGUUUUAGUUGAUCUGGCAAGGAAACUUUCUAGUUGCAGUUGGCUGCUAGGAGGAUCAUAAUAUUUAUGUUCUUUGGUGGACUUUGUUUAAAGAGAUCUCCCAGUUCUGAGUUAUAACAAAAAUGGGUACCCUUCUUUCUA